AUAAUCUUAAUUGUUACAGCAUUCUUGAUAUGGCGCACGUUAUCCCAUUUAAUAACUGAUGUGUUUUGGAUUAAUCUCCGUACAUAUAUAAAUAGACACCGUUUCUCAGCGACUUAUUCAAACAUGACAACAUCAAAUAAUUUAUGGAUCACUAUGCAAAUUUUAUAUAAUAAAAUAUACUCAAAAGAUUUCCUCCAUCCUAAUUUAAAAAAAGGCGUAAUAACUAAUUGGAAAACAAAAAAAUAUUAUUUUGUUCUAUAUGUGACACAACAACGUUCUUUAAACACGGUUGGUUGGGAAAUAAAAUACAUUCGAUCUCCUUACCUAUCAGUUAAUGAUAAAACAAAAAUUUGGAUACAUGUAACAUAUAUGUUGCAACGAGAUAUUAGUUUUGACAAGAAUAAGCAUUCUUUUUGGCUAACCUUGGAUGUACCAAGUAUGACAUUUUUAGACGGUGGCUCUAACAUAACUAAUUGGAUAAUAGUCAAUAUACAACUAACUGGAUACUAUCGCGUCAAUUAUGAUGUUGGAAACUGGCAACAGCUUAUGCGAUACUUAAACUCUGAAGAUUAUAACAAAAUACAUAUUCUCAAUCGUGCUCAAAUCAUCGAUGACGCGUUUUACUUCUUUGUACAAAAACAACUCAGAUACAACUUGUUUUGGAAUCUUACAAACUUCGUAAUACGAGACACUAAUUUUGUUACAUGGUAUCCUAUGAUUAAAGUUUUCGAAUCCUUUACUUAUAUGUUUCCACUUGAAUAUGGUAAUUUGAUAAUGGAAGCAAUGAAAAACAGAAUAGAUGGACUUCUUACAAAAAUAGGAUACUUUGACAAACCAACAGACCAUACUCUCACUAUAUAUUUAAGACAAGAAGCUGUAAAAUGGGCAUGUAUUCUUGGUAUUUCUGAGUGCCGAAGAAAUGCUGCUUCGAAAUUAUUAGAAGAGUUUAAAUAUUCUGAAGACAACUCAAAUUCGAUGGAGAUAAAACGAACAUACUGUCAUAAUUUAAUACCAAUGAACCACACUAUUUGGAACGAGAUAUGGAAGAAAUGGAAUGCAACGUUUGAUGAAAGAUUUUUAGAAUACCUAUCUUGCUCUGAAGAUCUUGCUAUCAUUCGCCAUUAUUUAACGGAAUUAAUACAGCGCAAAGCUCAAUCCGAAUAUGUUAAUGCAUUUUUUUUUAGUGUUGCAAAACAUGCAAAAAAGUUGAACUGUAUAAUUUUAUUUUCAAUAUUGUUAAAGAAGUUACUUUCGAUUCAAAUAGGAGAAGUGACAUCAUUGCAACAUUUAUUGUAAUUAUUACGCAUGUGCACGAGCAAGAGCACAUAAGCGAGUUAACCAAAUAUUCAUCGAAAACGCAAAAUAAAAUAACAAAAUAUGUUGAGAAAAAAAUAAGGAAACGAAAAUUGGAAUACGCAAAACUAUCCAACAACUACGGGUAUUAUUUAAGUAGCAAGAAAUAAAUAGCGAAACAUUUGAGUCAAUGGAAGACUCACUUCACUGUUUCUCAUACACAAUCAUGUAUCGAUAAUUGUUAUAAUCUCUUUCCUCGAAUUUGUUAAACAAUAUCUAUGCAUUUAAAAUUAUUUAAUUUUUAUUCUUAAUUAUUUUUAAUACCCUCAUAUUAUUCUUAUUACUAAUGCUAUAAAUUUUGAAUAACGCAGAUAUUUGCAUUCUUUGAUGAGUAAUAAAAAGAAUUACGUUAGUGACAAAAACAAUCAUCGUUUAAAAUACGUAUACAAAGGACAUAAACGGACAUCUGACAGCGAUAAAAUAGUCCAUUUUCAUUAUAGAAUUUGAUUUUAUAAUACAUAAGAUUGUAUUUGUAUUAUAUUGUAAAAACUAACACAUUCUACGCUCUCAGUCAAUAAAGACGUUG